AUGCAUGAGUGGAUUCAACAGAAUGUAGACAAAAGCGGAUAUAGGAAACCUACUCCAGUUCAGAAAUAUUCACUCCCCACUCUAUUGGGCAACCGGGACCUGAUGUCAUGUGCUCAAACGGGAUCAGGAAAAACAGCUGCCUUUCUUCUUCCGAUUAUUCACCAUAUACUUAUUAAUGGCCCCGAAUCUAUUCGUCCUGUACGUCGUUUCAUUUCGAAACCUACAUUGCAAAUUUUCUUAUCAGCGAAAUUCAGUUAUCGUACUAAUAUCAUUACCGCCAUUCUAUAUGGUGGUCGCGAAAAUUACCGUGAACAGAUUAGUCGACUACGCGGAGGAUGUCACAUUUUGAUAGCUACCCCUGGGCGCCUAAUCGAUAUACUCGAUCAAGGUUACAUUGGUCUCGCUGGUUGUCGAUAUCUCGUUCUAGACGAGGCAGAUCGAAUGCUGGAUAUGGGAUUUGAACCACAAAUUCGAAAAAUUGUUAGUCAAGGCAUGCCACCAAAAACGGAGCGCAUCACGGCAAUGUUCAGUGCUACGUUCCCAAAACAAAUACAGACACUCGCUCAAGACUUUCUUAAGCCAAAUUAUGUAUUCUUGGCUGUUGGUCGUGUUGGAUCAACAUCGGAAAAUAUUGAUCAGCAAAUAUUGCUAGUAGAAGAGUUUGAUAAUUCUGUGCCAUGUCUUUUGUCUUUUCUGCUUAUUUAUGGUUCAGAAAAUGCUUCGUUGGUGCUUGUAUUUGUUGAAACGAAACGUGGUGCAAACGAGUUGGCCUAUGUGCUUCAGCGUCAACAAAUCAACGCUGUGGCGAUUCACGGGGACCUGAAGCAGUUCGAAAGAGAACGAAAUCUUGAACUGUUUAGAAACGGCUCAAACCCAGUCCUUGUUGCCACAGCUGUGGCUGCUAGAGGUCUUGACAUUCCCAAUGUACGGCAUGUGGUUAAUUACGACCUUCCGGGCGAUAUUGAUGAAUAUGUCCAUCGUAUUGGAAGGACAGGUCGAUGCGGAAACACGGGACGCGCUACGAGUUUUUUCACUGUCGGAAUUCGUCAGGUUAAUAGACGCUUUGGAGGGACGGACCACCGCCGAGGUGGUGGUACAGGUGCAGUCGGUCGUGGCGGAUAUAGGUAUGCAUUAAAAGUUGGUUAA